AUGCAUGCUCUCGGGAUUGGAGGUCAUAUUGCUCACUUAAACAUACCUGAUGACUUGGUAGCAUACAAAGAUGUCGUAGCAAAGGUUAUCUAUGAUAAAAAUUAUCCCAGGAUUCAAACAGUGGUGAAUAAAGUUGGGGCAAUUUCAAAUGAAUUUAGAGUUCCAAAGUUUGAGAUUCUAGCAGGGAAAAGCGAUAUGGUGACUGAAGUUAAACAGUAUGGUGCUACAUUUAGACUUGACUAUAGUUUGGUCUACUGGAAUUGGAGACUUGAGCACGAACACAUCAGAUUGGUUUCCCUUUUCAAGAAAGGAGAUGUUAUAUGUGACAUGUUUGUUGGUAUUGGCCCAUUUUCUAUUCCAGGCGGACAGAAAGGAUGUGUUGUAUAUGCAAAUGAUUUAAAUCCAGACAGUAUUCAUUAUCUGAAGACAAAUGCAAAGAUUAACAAGGUGGAGGAUUAUAUCUUCGCAUACAACAAGGAUGCUAGAGUAUUCAUGCAAAGUUUAAUGGCAGUACCUGACCCAGAAACUAAGCCCGAGUGUCAAUUUGGUGCUGCUAAUCGUUGUUCUGAAGAAAUGGGUUCUUCUGGUAAUGAACAUUCCACGUCAAAUGGAAAUCAUAAUGGUACCCGCUCCUGCAAUCCGGAUAGAACAUUCACAGAGUCAGUCUGA